AUGAACCACGAGCUUUUGGCAGCAGCUGCCAGUGCACAGUAUCUCGAUGAUCCUGCUCAAGACGCUUUGGCAGCAGCAGCAGCAGCAGCGGCAGCCGCUGCAGCAUCUUCAAAUGUUCAAAUACAUCACCAUCUCCAACAACUUCAUCCAACCUCAACAUCCAUCCAUGAGUCUUCCCCUCCUUCGUCAUCUUCCUCACAAGCAGGUCUUUCUACUUCUACUUCUUCAGGUUCAACUACAGCCACUUCAUCUUCAUCUUCUAAUAACCAUAACUCGUCUUCGUCUUCUUCAGCAGCAGCAGCGGCAGCAGCAGCAGCAGCGUUAACUUCAGCGGCAUCAACAACUGAUAUUCUCGCGUUAAUAACUAACCUUGUUGUACAAUUUGAUACGGUUGCAGAAUCUUUAACACUUGCACAAGUGGCUGAACUUCAGUCACAAAUUUUCUUGGAAAUGGGACGAAUGCAAGCUGAAAUUAAUGACAUGUAUGCGACUUUAGAGGCUGCUCGUGGAGUCUGCGCAGAACUCAAGAGAGAGGUGCUUGCAGCUAAACAUGCCCGGAAUUCUCAUCACAUUGCAAGCCAUAAUAAUAGUAUCAAUAACAAUAACAAUAACAAUAAUAACAUCAAUAAUAAUAGUAAUAAUAAUACCAAUAAUACCAAUAAUAGCAUCAACAAUCAUACCACACCACAUCUGGGGAGACGAGCAGGUGUGAGUCGGAAUAAUAUGAAUGCUCGUGCAAGAGUCAUUGAUGAACAAGAACUGGCGGUACAAGAACAGUAUGCUCAGCAACAGCAGUUAUUAGAACAACAACAACAGCAACAUCAACAGCAACAUCAACAUCAACAGCAGCAUCAGCAACCGCAUCAGCAGCAUCAGCAACAACAACAACAACAACAGCAACAUCAGCAGCAACAGGAUCAAGAACAAUUACUGGAGUACCAAUACAUUUCUCUGGACGGUGGACAUCCGGAACAACAACAGCAUCAACAAUCACAAGACGCGCAGAUUUAUUCACAACAACAACAACAACUGGCAUACCACCAGAGCGUUGCUGCAGCUGCCAUAAAAACUGAGCGCGUUCCACGUCCUCGGAAACGGAGUUGA